GGCAUCGGCAGCAGCAGCGGCAGCAGCAGCAGCAGCAGCAUGGAGGCCAUCUGGCUCUACCAAUUCCGCCUGAUCGUCAUCGGCGACUCCACCGUGGGCAAGUCUUGCCUCAUCCGUCGCUUCACCGAAGGACGCUUCGCUCAGAUCUCUGACCCUACGGUGGGGGUGGAUUUCUUCUCCAGGCUGGUGGAGAUCGAACCGGGCAAGAGGAUCAAGCUGCAGAUUUGGGACACGGCCGGGCAGGAGAGGUUCAGGUCCAUCACCAGAGCCUACUACAGGAACUCGGUUGGUGGACUCCUCCUCUUUGACAUUACAAACCGAAGGUCCUUCCAGAAUGUCCACGAGUGGCUAGAGGAGACCAAGGUGCAUGUCCAGCCAUACCAGAUUGUCUUUGUUUUGGUAGGUCACAAGUGCGACCUUGACACACAGCGGCAAGUCACCAGGCACGAAGCUGAGAAACUGGCUGCAGCUUAUGGUAUGAGGUACAUUGAGACCUCAGCUCGGGAUGCCAUUAAUGUGGAGAAGGCCUUCACUGAUCUGACUCGAGAUAUAUACGAGCUUGUUAAAAGGGGGGACAUUUCAAUCCAGGAGGGAUGGGAAGGGGUAAAGAGCGGGUUUGUCCCAAACGUAGUGCACUCUUCAGAAGAGGUGGUGAAAUCAGAUAGGCGGUGCUUGUGCUGAGCUCUUCUAGGGAGGCAAGCGGUGAUGAACUCUACUAACCAAAUGUACUUUACUAAGUGAACUCAGUGUGACAGAAGGGAGAGCAACACUCCUGUUGUGAACAGCCUCCCACAUUGUUUUGGACACCAGAACAGACCCUGGAAAGAAAUGUUCGGUUCCAAUUAACCUUUCAGAACUGGGGGCUACAAACCUAACGGUGAGUGAGGGAGGGUGCAUGGUGUUGUAAGGAGACAGGAAGCAGAAAUCAGGGGCUGCACGAGACAGGCAAGAGUAUACAGAGAGCUGGAUGGGCUGGCACAUGCCAGGGUACUGUACAUGUCCUCUUUUAAGUAAAUCCAUAGCUCCUUGCUGGGUAUUGAAGCCACAGUGUGGAUACUUUAGUAGUAUGACAGGUGGGCAGACAGAGAGAAAGCAAGAAGACAUAUUCAUUUGUGUCAGCAGUUUAUUACCAGGAAGGUGUAAAGGCAGCACAGAUACCAUUUCUGCAUAAGGAAACCUAUCCACAGGAGGCGUUUACUGACAUAGUUUGCACAGUUCUGAAAUUCCUUUCUUAUGUUCUUGAACCUAGUUCAAUAGCAAAGAAUAUUCCGUGGGAUUUAAAGAGGAAAACAUGUUACUUGAUUGGUAAUUAAAAUUUAAAUUAUUCCCCCUGCCAAUAGUGCUUUUCUUGCUGUACUGAACUGGGAUUCUAAGUGGCAACUCCUGCUCCAGUAGUAAUUAUUCAAUGCCUUUUUACGCAUUUACUACCUUGAAAGGACCCUGAGUUCAGGGCUUUCUAAUAGAAUUAUGUGAUCAAGAGCAUGAAGAGUCCUCCUAUCAUGUAUCUUAAGGCUGGAGUGUUGCAGCCAAGUGGGACACACCAGUAUUUCUGUUUUGCUAACAGCACUGUGCUGACCCUUUGGUUGUCUUAACCAACCAGGUCAAAAGGCAGAAUGGAAAGGAGGGGAAAAAAAAACCAAACCCGACCCCCCAACAAAAUAAGGAAAAAAACUUGAAGAGCUUAACUCAGGUGCAUCAGACAUCCUAAAAGGUGAGAUUUGCUUUUAAAGAAGUUAAAUAGCAUGGAAAGCAACAGCUUCCAUCAGUAUGCUCUGCUAUUGAAGUGUCAUUUUCUUUCUUGGCCUCUGUAGAAGAAGGGAACUAGCACUGGGAAGGAGGAGCUCAAACAGAAGUGUCUGAGCAGGUGGGAAGGAAAGCCACAAGACAAGCUCAAGAUUAAGAGCUGUUUUCCUCCAUGUUUUAAUUUAACAAAAAGGAGCUGUCUCAGGUGGGCAGCACGACAUGGGAGAUGUGUUGCAAAAGCUGUGUGCAGGUGAAGGGUUUCUGGGAGUGCCAUUGGCCACUUGAGCUUUCCUUCCACUGGUUUAGCUUAAGCUUUUGAAGUGCAGCAGGGUAACUGUGCUCCUGUAGCAAACUAGGGGAGUUCAGCCUAUUAAAUGCAAACAAAAACAACUAUAGUGACUUUUUUACUCGAGUUUGCAAGCUUUAUACACCAAACUGCUAAUGGGCAGGAGGGAGGCAUUAGGUAAAAAAUACGGGAAGCAUCUAGUGUUUGGUUUGGGGCCUCUAAGUAGAGAAGAAGGAAAUACUUGUUAUGGCUUUUUAAGCUACCCCCAUCUAUAAAAAUGUGGGUUGUCUUGAUUGCUGUUGAAUUCGGACUGUUUCUCCCUUUGAAAUUGUUCUUAUGGUUUGCAGCACAUGGGCAGGUCUGUAAAAGAAAAAAAUCCUGUGGUUUCCAUAUUAAAGCCGUAAAAAAAACCAGUCCCACAACAACAACAAAAAAAAGCCCAAACCAACAACCAAAACCCUGAAAAUCAAUAACAUUUUAAUUUCAAUGUUCUAGGAACAAUUUCAGUUCCUGGGCUCUGCAGGGGAGCAGCUGUGCUGGGAGGGCAGUGGGAGCAAAUUAGAAGAAGGGAAGGUGGCAACAGUCCAGCACCUUUCAGGAAGCUUGUUACUGGUAAGGACUCCCUGCUCACACUUGUAUAGGCUACGAAUGUAGCAAAAACCUGUGUGCUAAAGUUCAGUGAAUUCCAGUGGUGGUCGAGUUGAGUGCCCUGAUGAUAAAAAAGUAAAUAAAAUACAAAUAAAAUUGUCCCUUUACAAAAUCUCUUUCUAGGUAAGCAGAGCUGGAGAGGAGAGCUGCAGAGCAUGCACGGGAGCUGGGCUGCACGGGCUCUCCAGGGCUGAGCCCGGGGGAGCACCAGGGUUGCUCGGACCAGGCCUGUUAGUCAUAUUUUCACAAAGGCAAGGACAGACAAGUAGGAAAGGGUGAGUUUCUUCAUUCUUAGAAUGGACAGUCCACCCAGCAACCUGUCUCCCAGGGGUACAGCUGGUCAGGAGGUGUGGCUGGGGUGGCUGAGUGGAGGCAGCAGCUCUCCUCAAGGGCAGAGCUGCACCAGGGGCCACAAGGAGUUGGGUCAAAUGGUGUUUUAGCAAUAGGGAAAUGCUCCAGUUCUCUGUGCAGGAACCUGGCCAGCAAGGGAAAGAUCAUUUUUCAUGAGACAACCAGUAUUUUGUUUAAUGGGUUUUGGAUGUUCCCCGUUAACUGCUCCCAGAGAGAAAUUCCAGAAAGCCUAAACAAGUAAGUGCAUUCAGGCCUUCAGAGUAAAUCUUUAAUUUAAAAACACAAGUGUCACAAUUCUAAAGAGGAACAGUACAGACGAAAAUGUAUGCAGUCUUAACUACUUAGAGGUAAUAAAUGGUUAUUCUAAAUGAUAGAGAAAUCAUUAUAUACAUCUUUUCUAAUUCCUUGCAUUUUCUAGACAGCUUAUUAUAAUAUAGGAAAUGUAGAUUCAUCUGUACAAAAUUUGGAAUGUUUUUUCUAAGAUAAAGAACUUAUAGGAUAUGCUAAGAAUUCUUUUCUAACUGGUUUUAAUGCUUUGACUGCUAGUGCAAGAUUCAGAGAAAUGAGAAGGUCUUACCUUUCACAGGAUCAUGAGCAGGAGCUCUUUUACUCUGUGACAAAAAGAGAAAAACAACAAAAAAAAAAAAGGAAAAAGCUAACUUUCUGUGGUUCCUACCACAUUAAAAAAAACAAUCUGCAUGUUAGAUUGAAAUUGCUCAGACCCUCCAGAAUAAAGCAUCCUAUACACUCUCCUUGCUUUCUGUUAUGCACUGUAACAAAAUGUGAAGAUAAUGCUGUAUUUAAAUAGCUGUCUGUAUGUGACUGAAAAUAUGCUUGUAUUUAGCAAACCAGUUACCACGUGAUACUGUGAAAUUCAAAACUUGUAAAGAAACUUUGGUGGGGUUUUUGUUUUUAAUUUCCCCCUCCCUGUUCUUCACCAGUGAUUGCUUGACUACCUGUACGCCUUCUGUUCUGCAGCCAGACCCAGUCCAACAGGGACUGGCAAAACAAUAAACAGGCACCCUGCA